CUAUCACCUCUCUCAUCCCAUAAUGGAUCCGCUUUCCAUAUCUGUGUCCUGUGCAACACUCGUUGGGGCGGUUGCAAAGACGUCAGCCUUGGUGACUGGGUUCGUCAGGGAUGUGAGAGACGCUCGCGGAGAUCUAGACGCAAUUUCCAGGGAGCUUCUAUCCCUUAAGACCGUGUUGGAGCUACUGGCUGACGACACCGCCGAUAUAUCGAAUACAACCAUUCCACCAACUCUUCAAAAUCAAAUCCUCGGGAUCAUCAUGAACUGCGACGGUGUUGUGGCCGAGAUGGAAGCUUCGCUGAAAAAUCAUGGAGACUCAAAGCUAGGCAAGGCGGGAUAUUGGACAGUGGGAGGAGGGAAGGGAGAUAUGGCGAAGCUGAGGUUUGGCUUGGAAGCUCAUAAGUCUGCCCUAGAGCUUGCUCUAGAUAUGGUAGCGAUUACCAUUGCGAAAGGGAACAAUGCUAUAGCCAGAGAUAUCAAGAAGGACACUGGACAGCUCUGCGACAACGUGACGGCGAUUAAGGAUGAUACAACGCAGAUAUUGGAGGAAAUUGCACGGUUACAAGCAAGACUUCCAGUGGACGCUCCGAGAGGCAACUCCAAUUUCAUGUUACAGAGGUAUCUAGAUGACCUCACGAGCUAUGCAGAGACAGUUUACGAGCCCUUCUCUGUCGGUCAGUCCGAUAGUGCAAGUUCUUCGACUACUAGUCGACCAGCUUCUCCUGCAGUCGAAAUAUCUCAGAAACCACCUGCAAGCGAACCCAACACAUCUGCCUCUUCUCUAGGAAGAGCAAAUUCACUCCCUGAUGUAACAGUCGAUACAUCUAUCACUCCUUUAUCCCCAACGGCCGCACUUCCGCUAGUUCAACCUAGGUCUGAUAUCCUUCCUGGAGUACCAGGUGCUUCUGGAUUUGUCUUUGCAUCCCCGACAGGGAUACCCUCAACGAAAACAACCACUGGCGCGCCCACCCAACAUGAGGUCGAGAAUACCACUGCCCAUCUCGCCACUUCAUCACCACGCCAUGCCCACACGGUAAAAGAUAACCCGCUGGACAUUGGUGAUUGCUCCGAUUCCCCAAACAAUUUGCAUCAUCACCAACUAUCACAUUCAUCCCAAUCGAUUAGCCUCAGACUUGAUGCUAUUCCACCCUCUGUGGAUGAUAAACAGCCGAGGCCCGAAAUGUAUGCCCAUAGUGCAACUGACCCAAUACAAACACUCGGAUCUGGGCGUUUGGUUGAUGGUAGUCCCCAACUGCUUCAGACUUCUCCUUCGGCGACUGACCGAGAAGCGAUCUUACACGUACGGUCUGGCGCUCUCAAAGGAAUGCACAAUGGUGAACCCAGGGACCGCACUACCCUCAAUAAUCCACCUGGUAGCCUGCCACAAAGUCACCGCCACCAUAUAGGAGGGUUGGGAGCCCAUUUGAUCUCGCCUGAUGAACUUCGCCCCUUGAAGGUUCAUAGAGAAUCGGUUGGAUCCGCGGGACAUACAGCCUCUCCUGGUAAACCUCAGUUGAAGGGUCGUAGGAAAUCAGAAGGGAUGGUGCCCCAACUCCCUUUACAGAAGAAUGACGCCAGCAUCCAGCAAAUUAAUGGCAUGCAGCAUCGCAAGGGUAUCAAGCACUCUGCCUCUAGAGAUGUCGAUGGCGAAAGACUACUAGCGGAGGAGUCCAGCCGAGAAAUAAAUCCAGGUAGCACGCUUGCCACAAGAGUGUCCGACCUCAAGCUCCUUUCAAGAUCGGAAGUAGACCCUCGACAAUCUCUUCCGGUGGUUAUAGAUGGGGAAAUAAAACCACCCAAAGAUCCAAUGACAUAUGAUACCGAAACUAAAUUACUUCACGAAUCAUCAGAGCCAGACUCAGGAUUGGCAGGCCAGGGAGAAGCUGGUCUGGGACAACUGAUACCUAUGGGCGGGAAGGGAGAUUUCCGCGCAGUAAAGGAUCCACCUAUUUUUAGGCUGCCAUAUCACCACGGAGAACUUGUUUUCGACGUCUCAGUUACCUCAUCAGUUCUUAGUGUUUUUCCGCCUCGGCCACUACUGGAUGGAAAGGAUGAGCACACUCGCACAAGAUACACUGCGGUCACCUGCAAACCUCGCGACAUGUGCCUAGAGAAUUAUCAACCACGUCAGAUGCUCUUUGCUCCACCCAGGAAAACUAAAAUAUUUAUCGUCAUUCGUUAUGGCACGGCCACCUGGUGGAAGAUAGUAAGGCAUACUUAUGAUGGACAUGAUGGACCUCUUCAGAAAACCUUAAUAAGUAUCAAAGAGAGCUUGUCUCACGCCGUCAGCGACGGUUGGAAAGACAUCUGGCAAAAUGCUUUGAUUUGCAUUUCAUACAACUCAAGUUUGCGCAAUAGGUACACCGCAGGCACGCUUUCCCGCAUUGGCCUUCUCCAGCCUUGGACGGAGCUGGAAGACGAUUCCACGAUCAAGGAAAAAGCAUGGAUUCAAAUGACUGACAAAGACAAAGCUCUGUAUAAAAGUCGUCCGAAGAAAAUCCAGGGUCGCCACGUCACAUGCCAUAUAUACGAGCACACUUCAUAUCUGACUGGAAACCCUAAUUUAAAUUUCUCUCAGCAGGUCCACAAUGAUGAGAAGGAUAUACCCCUUCAGAUAUUACUUUGCAUAGGAGAGAAGAGUGAUAACCCGUACGGUAGUGAUGAAGAAGAAGAGUCUAGGAUCGAGGGUAUUGCCCGCAUCCUGAAACCUGAAGGCUGCAUAGUUCUCGAUGUCGGGAACGAGAUUGGCAAGAAGGAUAUUGUGGGAAGCAUAUUGGAUUGCGUGACCGGUCGUACAGAGCGCAAGUACGCGGGAAUGCCUGCCGUCUCCUAUCGCACUUCGAAACUCGAUCGAAUGUUUCAUGGAAGAAAGACGAAGUGAGAUGCUGCACAAACGGUGCAGGGACUUUACGCCAGGCGGCCAAACCGAAUUCGUCCGCAGGUUUGACCGUCUGAUCUCGUCGUUGUCUAUAUGCCAAAGCAUAAAAGUUCGGCUGAGACCGCUUACGCAGAUCGGCGUAUUCGACGACUGCCGCGAACUUUGGCAUCAACUACCAUCAUGGUUUGAAUACCUGUCUUUUUCAAGGCAUAGCAAAGCAACAAGGUACCCCGCGAGUCUUUUACCCUUGUGCCUAGACAAAGUUCUGUCGGUGGCGAUGCUUCCUAGGCCUCUUACGUUACGAUCCGGUUCUAAAGCAACUUGGAAGAGUGUCAGCAACCAAUACUUAAGUGUGUUUAAAUCGUUGGUCAUAAG